AUGGAAAAGUUCCGCAUGUUCUUCCAGCACUUCCAGUCCAGCUCAGAGUCAGUGAUGAAUGGCGUCUGCUUGCUGCUGGCCGCGGUCACGGUCAAGAUGUAUUCCUCCUUCGACUUCAACUGCCCCUGCCUGGCGCGCUACAAUGCCCUCUACGGCCUGGGCCUGCUGCUCACACCCCCGCUCGCCCUCUUCCUCUGCGGCCUCCUUGCCAACCGGCAGUCCGUGGUGAUGGUGGAGGAGUGGUGCCGGCCUGCGGGGCAGCGGAGGAAGGACCCGGGCGUCGUCAGGUAUAUGUGCUCCUCUGUGCUGCAGAGGGCACUGGCCGCCCCCCUUGUCUGGAUCCUCUUGGCCCUCCUUGACGGGAAGUGCUUCGUGUGUGCCUUCAGCAGCUCCGUGGACCCUGAAAAGUUUCUGGACUUUGCCAACAUGACCCCCAGCCAGGUGCAGCUCUUCCUGGCCAAGGUGCCCUGCAAGGAGGAUGAGCUGGUCAGGGACAGCCCCGCUAGAAAAGCAGUGUCCCGCUACCUACGGUGCCUGUCACAGGCCAUCGGCUGGAGUAUCACCCUGCUACUGAUCAUCGUGGCCUUCCUGGCCCGCUGCCUGAGACCUUGCUUCGACCAGACAGUCUUCCUGCAGCGCAGAUACUGGAGCAACUACGUGGACCUGGAGCAGAAGCUCUUCGACGAGACGUGCUGUGAGCAUGCGCGGGACUUCGCCCUCCGCUGCGUGCUGCACUUCUUCGCCAGCAUGCAGAGCGAGAUGCGGGCGCGCGGGCUGAGCCGGGAUGCCGCAGGCAGGGGCCCCGAGCCACCCGAGAUGCCCAGCGGCCUGGACGGCGACGGAAGCAGGAAGGCCCACCUGCGGGCAGUUUCCAGCCGGGAGCAGGUGGACUUCCUCCUGAGCACGUGGUACUCCAGCAAACCGCAGCUCAACCUCGUGGCAUCCCCGGGGCUCUGGGCGCGUGGCCUCAACCACCGCGCUUCCACGGUGGCCCCAGGCACCAGACUGUCCCAGCAUACUGAUGUAUAG